GAAGCCAACGAACCCGCGUGACGAGAGUAUCACAAUCGAAAAAAGGUCUUCCAUCUGUUGUCUCGUUCUCUCUUUCCGCACGACCGCACCGUGUGAGUUCAAAAAACUUACCCCCAAAAACUGUCCUCCCUUGGUUCCUUCCCGCUCUCCAGCCAAAGUCGCCGCUCCCGCUCGGACACGCGUCUAGAAGCUUCUGGAUCCGUCCCUGACGCCGAUGGAGCAGCUCGACUACAAGUUCCACGAGAAGUACACUGCUCUGAAGAAGCGGAAGCUACUGGACGAGGGGCUGGAGCGGAAGCGGGAGGCGGAACUCAAUGAGCUUUACGAUGCCAUGAAAGAUUGGGUCAGCGAACUCAGGAAAGACAAUGCGGAACUCAACGAGAAGCUGGUGGAGAAGCAGGAUGAGCUCGAGAAGGCCCGUCAGGAAUUCCUUGAAGAUAUUCGUACAAGGGACGCUGAAAUUCUGAAGCUGAAGCAGCUCUUAGAUGAGAAGGCUGAAAAAAACAAUUCUGCAGCUACUGGGUUUCCUUGCCUAGCGCCUGAAGCUGUCCUAGAAAAUUCAACUCCAUUGUCACCUAAAAGAAAGACACCAUUUUCCCACGGCAAGCAGCUAGAAUGCUCCAGAAGACAUACACGCAUCUCAGGGAAUAGGACAACAGAGAUUCGGAGUGCUCAUAUGCUUUCUUUGCUGCUUCAAUCUUUAGUUCGCAUGAAGAUCUCGGUAAAUGAUGGAACAGAAAUAUUUUCGGUUUCAGUAUCUCAUGAAGCUAGUGGUUACAGUUUCAUCCUCACCUGGCUAGAAACAUCUGAUGAAUGGUCAUAUAAGCUCUCCUCGUUGGGCACACUGGAAAGGAUAGCCGUUGAUUGGAUGAGGCAAGACAUAAGAUUCAGCAUGAAAAUGUGCCGCAUGUUCUUUGAGCGGAUAUCAAGCAUCAUAACAAAAGGAUGACGACAUGCUCUUCGCUUCAGCUAGUUAUAUCAGUCUGCCUACUGUACAUGGAAGCAUCCUGAUGUAAAAAUGAUUUGAUGCACUAUCUUAUUGCAGAGCUGUCUUUCAUGCUCAUGCCAGUGGUGUGUUUGGUUGCCGGACAUUUAGGGACAGCCACGACAGGGAAUCCCUGUCAUCCUCUCUCGUUC